ACUGUUAUAUCGUUGAUCAAAUAUAUUUUCAUUGUCAUUCGAGCGAAUGAUAAUGGUGAAGGCGGUCCUUUUGCUCUAUAUUCAUUAUUAGUCAGACACUCUGGACUCUCUAUAUCUGCCGAGGCUCCGAGAUUGGAUGAUGAGACUAUAGUAAAUUACAAUUCCGAACCAAAUCUUAAUAACGGUCCGAACAUUAUCAAACGUAGUAAAUUCAUACAGAAUUUGUUAUUAAUAAUUGUCAUGCUUGGUUCUUCCUUGUUAAUCAGCGAUGGCAUGUUAACUCCUGCUAUAUCGGUGAUUUCGGCUAUUGAGGGUUUUACGCUACAUUCACAAGAGUUAAAUUGGAUUACUGUCCCUGCGAGCUGUGUUAUUCUUAUUAUACUAUUCUUGGGGCAACGAUUUGGCACGGGAAGAGUCGGUGAUUUCUUUUCCCCAAUUGUUUCUCUUUGGUUUAUUUCUCUAUCCGUUAUUGGCAUUUGGAAUAUAACAAGGUUUCCAGAAAUCUUGAAAGCUUUCAAUCCUUACUAUGCCAUUAAGUUCAUCUUUCUAGAUUCUGGAUAUCAACAUCUUGGCGGUGUUAUACUAGCAUUCGUUGGAACCGAGGCAGUGUUUGCGGACCUAGGACAUUUUAAUCGAAGGUCAAUUCAAUUAUCCUUUCCAUUCUUUGUUUACAUUCCUUUGUUGUUCACAUACAUGGGUCAAGGUGCAAUUUUGAUUUUGGAUCCCAACAAACAUGACAAUCCGUUUUGGCAUUCUAUUCCUUCUCACCCAGUUGUUUAUUGGUUUAUGAUUAUUUUGGGUACUUUGACUUCAAUUAUUGCUUCUCAAGCUAUGAUUACCGCAACUUUUUCCCUAAUUUAUCAAUCAAUGCAACUGGAUUGCUUCCCAAGAAUUGAUGUUAUUCAUACAUCAAAAAAAGUUAAAGGUCAAAUUUAUCUUCCUGAGAGCUUAUGGGUUAGCUAUUUCGUUGGUGAUGCUUAUAACGACAAUUCUUUCGAUGGUGCAUUUUUAAGUCUAUCCGCAGAAAAAUUACUUCAUGGUGCUUGGUUUCCUCUAAUUAUGGCGACGAUUCUUUUUGUUAUCAUGGGUUUAUGGAGAUGGGGUACAAGUCGCAAGGUGAAAUACGAAUCUUUGCAGAGUACCAAUCUCGAUGAAAUUUUUGAAGUUAUACAUCAUACUCCACCUUUGAGUAUGACUGCGGAGAAAAGUGAUGUUUCUGAGAAUGGCGCGCCUAAAGAAAAUUCCAAAAAUCCAGCACGAAAUAGUUUUUCGAAUUUCUCUGUUAAGUCUAUAGAAACAAUUUUACAAAGAAAUAUAAUACGGCAGUUCGGAAAAACAUCAAGAAUUCGUAUGUUGGAUACUGGAUUCUUAAUAACACGACUACCGGGUAUCGUCCUAUUCUAUAGUGACGUCGGUUCUUGCAUCCCACUUUCAUUUACACAUUUUAUAAAUCAUUUUCCUGCAUUACCUCAAAUAAUUAUCUUCAUGACUAUUCAUCACGUAGCCAUUCCGCAUGUUAGUGAAGAUGAUCGUUUGAUAGUCAGUAAAAUCGGCGAUUAUGAUGGUUGUUAUCAAGUAGUUUCAAGAUAUGGUUACAUGGAUGAUGUCAUACACGGAGAAGAAUUUAUUUCUAAACUAGUUGCUUCAAUACAAUUUGCUGAUAAACAUUUAUCAGAAAAAAUAGUUCUACAAGAAUUACCUGUUACAUAUGUUUUUGGUCACCAAAUUUUUUCACCGAAACCUAGUUCUCCAUGGUGGAGAAGAUAUUUGGUUAAGUAUUAUAAAUUUUUAGUGAAUAAUUCAAGAGAACUUUAUAGUAGUUGGUACAUUCCUUCCGAAAAUUUUAUUGGUGUUGGCAUGAAGACUGAAAUUUAA